AGGCCUUUGUUAAUUCGGCCGCGCACACACACACAUACAGCAAAGCGCCAGGCUGCUCGGACUGAAGGGAAGGCUCAGUCUGGAGUCGUGAAAAUGUGAAAACUGAGAGUGUUGGAAGGGAGCCAGAGGAGCAUCAGGAGAGCGAUGACCAUGAGACUGUGCAGGUUCCUUCUCCUGCAGGUGGCGCUCAAGUGGUCCUAUAAUGCUGUCAAAGCAAGUCUCUGUCUCGGCGGCUCGGACAUCUUUGCGUCUGUGGCCGAGAACAGUCCGAUGGGUCACGUCGUUGCCAACAUCAGCAUCAAUGGAUAUCCUGCUGCUGCCGCUGUCCGCCUGUGUCUGAACGGUAAAGACGCCGACUGGUUCUUCCUAGAGGAUCGGACAGUCCGUCUGAACUCUUCUGACGUUCGAGUUCUGGACAGAGAGGUUCUGGGAACUAUACUGAUAGCAGAGCUCACCUGUUACGAGAAUAACAUCAGACAGUGUCAGUACCGGAUCCUGGUGGAGAUUCUGAACGAAAAUGACAACAAACCUUCAUUUCUGAAUGAGACCAUUCAGCCAGUCACCAUCAGUGAGCUGACAGCAGUAGACUCUGUAGUCAUCAACGUGAAGGCCCAGGACGAGGAUGGAGACGCCAUCUCCUACAUCAUCGAUCAAUCUUCGCCGGACGCUUCCUUCUUCAGGAUCGACCUGCCAAACAGCGGGAAUGUGCUUCUGAACAAACCUCUGGACUAUGAGACCAAAGCUACACUCAGGCUGAACAUCUGGGCCAUGGAAGCAAACUCUGUGGAGAAGUACAACAUAACAGCGGCGCUAACGGUGAACAUUGCGGACGGUGACGAUCAGUACCCUCGAUUCCUGCCCUGCACACCCCUCGCUCCAGGCGUUCCCGCCUGUGCAAGCCCCACCUACUCUGCCAACAUCACCGAGACACAAGAGGGUACCGUUCUGGAAUUCUCUCCGGGUCCAGUCAGAGCUGAGGAUGGAGACAGAGGCCUGAACACUGCUGUGGUCUACACCAUCUUAUCAGGUGAUGACCAGGGCAGAUUCGCCAUCGAUAAUCAGACCGGCGACAUCAGGUUGACCCGAGCAGUCGGUGACAAGGGACAGUCCGCGAACUUCCAGCUGACUGUCAUGGUACCAUUAUUUACAUCUCCAGCUCUUCUUCUGACCCUUCACCUGACCUCUCCCAAAUCGCAGGCGUCUCAGCUGGACGACUGGCUGAAAUACAGCGUGGCCUCUGUGUUAGUCCGAGUUCUCCGCAACAACAAGUUCCCACCUGUGUUCAGAGCAACGACUUACAAAGGUUUCGUGGUCCAGAGCUCCAGCUCGGCAGCCAUCGUGUCCAGCUACGGAAACCGGGUUCUUGUGCUCCACGCAUAUGACCAGGACUUUUCUGAUGGUGUCAAUCCCAACAUUCGCUACUCCAUUCGUCCGCCGGCCAUUGAUAGACUGUUCCACAUCACACAAAGUGGGGUUCUGAUUGCCCGGGCUGACCAGCUACAAGCCUCGAGCAGGAGCGUCCUUCAGGUCAUUGCCAGAGAUGAAGAAUCCGGAGAAGAAGUUUCCGCAUCAGUGGACGUCGAAGUCCUUCAGCAAGGACAAGCAGUCCCCGGUGGUACGUUCAUGAUGGAUUCGUUUUUCAUGGACGUCGACAUCAAACUGGUCGGAUUCAUCGCUAUCGUGGUCCUGUUGUUGUUUCUCUGCGCUCUUCUGUUCCUGUUUCUACGAACUGCUGGGAAACAACCGCAGCCAGAUGUUGCUGAAGCAGAGAGUCCAGGAAAACGGCGCGAGGUCACUUCAGGUCAGACGGCCUUCAAGAGAUCAUCCUUCGGUGACAUGUCAACACACGAGUACGAGUCCUCGGCCAGUUUUCACGGCCGUCAUGGGAUCUACACUAGGAGACAGUCGUACCUUCCUCCUCCCUCGACAUCAUCCACGUUCGUCAUCAUGGACCGUGAGGAUAACUGCGACUCUCCCAGCGGUCCUUUCCCUGUUCUGGAAGAUUUCCAGGCUGAAAAAGAUGAGCUGGAAGCCGACGAGGGAAACCACGGGGGCGCUGGUUUAACCGACUUGGGACAUUCAAAACCAGAGGAGAACAAUUGAAACGGUUGCCAGAGAAAAGGGAAGAGAUGUGUGAUGACAUCGUCUGAAGAGAGUUGACACAUCUUAGAUGUCCAAAUAACUGAAGAGUCUGUUGUUGCUUUGUGACGUUUUGCUGCAAAUGUUACCAUCGCACUUUCAAAUAAAAAAAACAGA